CACUGCUUCCCAUUCUCUCUCUCUCUCUCUCUCUCUCUCUCUCUCUCUCUCUCUCGUUCUCCCUCUCUCUCUCUCUCUCCUGUUCUCUCUCCUGUUUUUUCUCUCUCCUUGGGGACUGGUUCAACCACAGUACAACCAGCUCAUCUGCAUCUCUCCCUAGAGGACCUGCGGGAACCAGAGGAGGAGGAGACAGGGAGACAGGAGGCGGGCGGGCAGGAGCGGCAGCGGCGGCUGCGACAGCGCACAGCCGGGCCCGCGCCGCGCCGCCGGGGAAGCCCAUGCCCGGCCCGUGCCGCCCGGGGCUUGCUCAUGAGGCCUCUGCCGAGCCGGAGGAGGAAGAACGGCGGCAUCUCCCUGGGACUCUUCGCCCUCUGCCUGGCCGCAGCCCGCUGUCUGCAGAGUCAGGGCGUGUCACUGUACAUUCCCCAGUCCGCCAUCAAUGCUACAGUGGAAGAAGACAUCCUGCUCUCCGUUGAAUACUCCUGCCAUGGCGUCCCCACCAUCGUAUGGAGGUAUACAUCCAACUGGGGAGUGCAGAAGAUCGUGGAGUGGAAGCCAGGGACUCAGGCCAACAUCUCCCAAAGCCACAAGGACAGAGUCUGUACCUUCGACAACGGCUCCAUCCAGCUCUUCAGUGUGGGCGUGAGGGAUUCUGGCUACUACGUCAUCACAGUGACGGAGAGCCUGGGGAGCAGCCAGUUUGGCACCAUCGUGCUGCACGUGUCGGAGAUCCUCUAUGAAGACCUCCACUUCGUCGUCGUCUUCCUUGCUUUUCUCGCUGCUGUGGCCGCCGUGCUAAUCAGCCUCAUGUGGGUUUGUAAUAAGUGUGCAUAUAAAUUCCAGAGGAAGAGGAGACACAAACUCAAAGAAAGCACAACUGAGGAGAUCGAGCUGCAAGAUGUUGAGUGUUAGCCAAGGCUGGGCCCAAUUACAUUCCUACCUCAAGAGGAAAACAUUAUUUUUUGUUUGAUUGAACACGGACACUCCACCCUGCAGCCUCCUGUUGCCCCACCACAGCCACCCAUUCCUGAUGGGGCAGCGGGACGUUAACAAAAUUGACUGCGUGGAGUUGAGGACUCUGGAUGGGACAAAGUCAGUUCUUGUACUUGCAUGAAGUUCAAGGGGAGGAGAGCUUGAGGCUUUGAGCCAGAGCUUUGCUGGGCUGCAGUCUCUGGGCCCUGUUGACCCAUUCCAAUGGCAUAGUGUGGGUGCUGGCUGCUUGCUCACUGUGCUCUGCUCUGGCUCGGGGGAUGGCCAUUGGAGGGGUCCCUGUAUCAGAGGCCAGAGUGUCUCUAGAUCGAGUGUGCAGCCAGCAUUGGAACAGCUCUCUGUGCUCUUGUCUGCUCUCCUUGUGCCCUCCGACACUCUGCUGUGGGAGCUGUUGUGAGAAAACCUGAGGCUUUUAGACAGUCUGAUGCCUAAGAGGCAGAGGUAGAAAGAGACUGAGAUGGGUGCUGCUGUGCUGCAGUGAGUUGCUGUGAGAGCAGGCCGAGGAUGCCCCAUGGCCUGGAGAUUUAGGGAGACGAGCUUAAUUUGUUUCUGAGGGUCCAGCAUUGGGAACCAGGAAUAGGGAGAAAAUUACCUUUCUCCUCCUCUCUCAUUCCAACAUGAAUUGGAUUUUCCCACCUAUGGGCCCAACGUAGGCCAGUGUGAGGAAAAGAACAGUUCAUUUCCACUAUGGACAGCAUCUGGCCUCCAAAUGUCCCCCUGACAAGCUAGGUAAUGCUACCUGUGUGAAAGCUGAGCCUGCAUAAUGGUUGUUACAACUGGAAAGUCAGUCAGCUCGGGCUUUGAAUCUGUCCCCCUUGGUCACUAACACUUCAUGUCUCAAGUCAGGCCCUUGCUCUCUCCCAACUGGGCUAAGGAACACUUGGUACUUACCUACCUCAGUCAGGGUAUCACGUGAAGUCCACAGUAGCAUAGAGCUCUCUGAGCGAUUUAAGAACAGCAGGAGGAUUCUUCAAGAACUUGGAAAGCAAUAAGCGCUAUACCAUCUGAGUACUGGAAAUUGAUAAAAUGCUCUGGGGUACUGGGGCUCCAAGUGAAAUUAGGGACUACAUCACAGCUGGCCUUGGCCCUCUCUCAACUUAUUGGUCACCAUGUUGACCUGAGUUUCUCCAUCCCCAACUUCCAUUUGGCAAGCUCUAAAGCAGGCGUGAAUUUAUUUUCCAUUAUCUUUUCUCUCUCAAACAUUCUUAGCUCCAGACCAAAGGUACUACCCCAAUUAUUGAUGGAGGCUGAGGUUAUUAGCUGUGUCCUCAGCCCUCAGCUGCAAAUUCAUCCAUGCAAACAUGAAGAACUAGAAUAUUCCCUUCUCUCCUGCCUCCCUUCAAGUUUCCAAUGUCCACAUCUCUUCUACUUGCCCUGUGGCAGAUAAGGAGUUGCCUGGAGAAGUUAGUAUGAGGCCUUUCCCUAAAUAAUGAAUCCAGGGUUACAGGAAGGGAUCUUUUGGAGUAUUCAGGAGCUCUCAGUGAUCUAUUGGAGGGCUCUGAAGGCACUACUUGACUCAAAAGGCAAGAGAGCAGUUGGUCUACACGACUGAUUUGUAGCUCUAGCACCUGAUUCAUAGAAGGUUCUCACCUCGGGCCACCUCCUUACGUACAUGUGUAAACAUGCACACCCGUGCCCUUUCCCCAGGAGCAGUCAGAGGAACCAAGCCUGUGCCAGGACAGGUUCCUUGUACUGGUCUCGCCAUGAAGCAGCAGGGUGAGCAGUACCAGAGAAAAAGGGGAGUCGAGGGCAGUCGGAUUCUUUCUUCUCUUUCACAGCAAGCCCAUCAGCAGGAAAGCGGUUUGGAUCUGGGUAGCUGCUGGAGUCUGUCUGUGUAUCCUCUCUUACCCGACCUGCUUUCCAGAAUUCUACCUCUCAGCUUGUCAGAAGUCAGGGUAGUAAUCUCCAAUCAUAAAAGGAGAAAUGGAAAAGAAU